CAGGACAAGCAGGAGCGCACCAGCAGUCUGCGUGACACCCCGACACAGUCGCACCCCUGUCCUGCCACCGGCUGCGGUCUCCUCACUUUCUUCUGGGAGAGUAAAAGAAGAUUCCCACGCAAAACAAAAGCCCAUUUCGGGCGUUUUCUUCUUAUCGACAUGGCUCAGGAACUUUCUGCGUAAAAGAGGAGAGGAGAAACGGAACUUUCAGGAUCCUUCUUCUUUUGCAGUGGAUCAGUCGCAAGAGGCAGCAGGCUUAGUUUCAAGGCAGAAGGGUCAGAUCUUCUUGUUUUUUCCCCUUAUCCGUAUUUUUAGACGGGUGGAUGGUAUGGUGUAACUUUCCUGCUCUGUGCCAGAACGGAGCCGUUUCACGGUGUAAGUGCAGAUGGCAUGCGAGCCUCUCCUCCGUCUCGGAUAGUGGAGUGGCUAUGAGGACAGAGGUUCACCUGCUGGGCUAAAAGAACAGGACCACACCGCACCAACAGAAUGCGGGAGCGGGGUCUUUGGAUUUGUGGUGUAGGUGUAUGGAGUCUUCUGCUUUCACUUUGUCUGGCCUCCCUCACACAUGCACACAGAAGUCAUACAGUGCAUGUAAAGGCAGGAACAUGUGAAGUAAUUGCUGCCCACCGUUGCUGCAACAAGAACAAGAUUGAGGAGAGAUCUCAAACUGUCAAAUGCUCCUGUUUCCCUGGCCAAGUUGCUGGCACCACUCGGGCGAUGCCCUCCUGUGUUGAUGCCUCCAUUGUAGCCCAAAAGUGGUGGUGUCAGAUGCUGCCAUGUAUGGAAGGUGAGGAGUGCAAGGUUUUACCAGACCUCACGGGAUGGAGCUGCAGCACGGGAAACAAAGUCAAGACCACAAAGGUGACACGAUAGUCCUGCUCAUCCCAAGUGAAGGAUGGCGGCAAAACUAUUUACACAGCACAAUGGACUCCUCAACCUUUGAGGAAGUGCACUCAAAUGGAUUUUCAUGGGGAACCAGCAAUUGUUACAGUUUUCCAACGGUGCCCGGGAACUGGUGGCUGGAGAAACAGGACUCUAAAACUGCUUGCCAUCAUGUAAAACAUGGCACACUUUCCUGGAUCAUUUACAGCAAAGGACUAUGUUACCCAAAAUCAUUUAAUGCUACAAAACAAUUAUCAAUAUCUAUGAUUUAAAUAUAGUUAGAUAACAAUCAAACAAAUUAUUUCCAGGAGCUCUUAUUCUUUAUCUGACUUUUCCGGAUACGUUUUAGUCCAUAUACAUUGGUGGAACAACUAUAAAGAACCCUUUUAACAAAGCCCAUCAAUACAAACAUCACAAAAAAAAAGGCUAUUAAUUCAUAAUACUUGCCUCAUGUAGUAUCGGUGACAUUUUCAAAUUUACGUGUGCCACAUAAAACCUGCUUAACGCUGUCAAAAAAUAUUCUUCAAUAUCUUUUCUUUUUUUCUGUUAUUUUUCUACACUGUAACAACAUUUUGCCGUGAGCGGGUUGUGGCUUACCACAUGCCAUUGUUUUUAAAUGCAAGGUUUGUCUUUUUUCUGCUUUUUAUUUUUAUGAUGAACAAAAUCCUUUCAGAGGCGAGGUUAGACUAAUACAAACUAGAUGUUAUGGUAUAUUAAAACAUGUAAACGUAUUAAAAUCAAAAAAGAAAGUAUGGAACGAAUGAAAUUAAUGGGGCUAAAAAUAAAUUGAUGCUCUAAUGAUUUUAAUAUCUGUGUUUUUAAAAACGCCUGUCAACUGCUAUUGAGUACAUGUGUCAGUAUUAUAUGAAAUGAAUAAAACCUUUCAAAAAAGGA